AUGUCCGCUCCCAUCUUGGAAAAUGCCCACAAACACAUCAUCUGUAUCGGAGCCAUAUAUGUCGACACAAUCCUCAACGUGCCUCAUUUCCCAAUUGAAGACCAGAAGCUACGCGCAAAGAAACUCACACGUCGCCGGGGCGGUAAUACCGGUAACACACUUGAGGUGCUAGCACAGCUGCUUGAGCACGAUCCGGGUCUAGAAACUGAUCAAGACCCUCAAGCGAUUCAACUUCAUCUCCUCGCUGUUCUCCCAGAUAGACAGUCAAUCACAAUGGCUCUGAUUCGCGACUCUCUUCCUAGAGUAGACCUCGAUCACUCUUGUAUCUUUCGUGAGGGGCACAUGGAAGCUGCAUCGAGUUACAUCAUUCAAAACGAACAAAAUCUUUCGCGGACAAUUGUCAGCAUCAAUGAACUUCCAGAGAUGACUGCCAACGAGUUCACAGCUCAGGCCUCGCGAAUGGCCAUUGCAGAUAAUCAUGGCUGGUUCCAUUUCGAAGGCCGAAUCCCAGACGUCACGCUUGAGUGCGUCCAGUACCUGCGAUCGAAGAAGGAAUUUGCAAGCUUCAAGAUCAGCGUAGAAUGCGAGAAGCCUGAGCGGACAGGCAUGGCUGACGUCGCUCGUCUUGCAGACGUUGUGUUUUAUUCGAGACUAUGGGCGGACAGUAAUGGUUACGAUAACGCUACUACUUUCCUUGAGUCACAGAUCUCGAGUGCCAGACCUGGUGCGCUUUUGUGCUGUACAUGGGGUGCUGGAGGUGCUACCGCCGUUCAGAAAAGCACCACAUCACACGGGGUUCUGGAAUGGGAGAGUGUCCAUGCUUGGCAGCCAGAGACGAAGCAGUCACUUGUCGACACUGUUGGCGCAGGGGAUACCUUUGUCGCAGGCAUGCUUUUCACGCUCAGUAGCCGCGAAGACUGGAAGCUUCAGGAAAAACUUCAGUUUGCUAAUCAACUUGCCGGUCGGAAGGUUCUGCAAGAUGGGUUUGCUGGCCUGGGUCGUAAAAUCUUUAGGGUUUAA